AGAAGACAACCCAGACCCCAUCAGGACCAGGACCACAUGGCUGCUCCUCAGGGACCAUUGACCUUCAGGGAUGUGGCCAUAGAUUUCUCUCAGGAGGAGUGGGAGUGCCUGGACCCAGCUCAGAGGAAGUUGUACCUGGAUGUGAUGGUGGAGAACUACAGCAACCUGGCCUCCCUGGCUAUCUUAUCUGAAGACAACGAGGCCAUUUUGCAAAAGCCAAAAAUAAGAGAUGUAUUCCCUAAAAUAUUACUGAAUACAUGCAAUGAAAACAGAAGUUACCAAUGCAAGGAGCACUGGAAAAAUUUUAACCAAGAAUCAAAUUCUAAUAUACAUCAGAAAAUUCAACCUCCAGAGAACCAUUAUAAGGGUGGAAAAGUCUUUGACCAAAUGUCAAAUCAAAGUAUACUUCAGUUUAUUCAUUCUGUGGCAAAAACAAACAAACGAAGAAAAUGUGACAAACCUUUGAAACAAUCUUCAAAUCAUACUGAACGAGAUAAUAUUCAUACCAGAGAGAAAGCUUACAAAUUUAAUCCGUGUGUGAGACUCUUCAGUCAAAUACUCAAUCUAAAUACAUUUAAGAAAAUCCGAACUGGAGAAAAACAUAAAUGUAAAGAAUGUGGGAAAACAUUUAAUUUCCUUUCAAAUAUUCGUGAACAUGAGAGAAUUCAUACCAGAGAGAAGCCUUAUAAAUGUGGAGAGUGUGGCAAAGCCUUCAGGAUGUCCUCAAUCCUUAAUCAACAUCAGAGAGUUCAUACUGGAGAGAAGCCUUAUAAAUGUAGAGAAUGUGGCAAAGCCUUCAGUAUGGUAUCAGCACUUACUAUUCAUCAGAGAGUGCAUACUGGAGAGAAGCCAUAUAAAUGUGGAGAAUGUGACAAAGCCUACACUACGUCAUCAGCUCUUACUAUUCAUCAGAGAGUGCAUACUGGAGAGAAACCCUAUAAAUGCAGAGAAUGUGGCAAAGCCUUCAGUAAUGCAUCAAAGUUUGCUUAUCAUCAGAGAGUUCAUACUGGAGAGAAGCCCUAUAAAUGCGGAGAAUGUGGCAAAGCCUUCAGUAUCGCAUCAGCACUUACUGUUCAUCAGAGAGUGCAUACUGGAGAGAAGCCUUAUAAAUGUAGUGAAUGUGGCAAAGCCUUCAGUGACUCCUCAAGCCUUAAUCAACAUCAGAAACUUCAUACCGGAGAGAAGCCUUAUAAAUGUGGAGAAUGUGACAAAGCCUACACUAGGGCAUCACACUUAGCUUAUCAUCAGAGAGUGCAUACUGGAGAGAAGCCCUAUAAAUGUGGAGAAUGUGACAAAGCCUACACUACGGCAUCACACUUAGCUUAUCAUCAGAGAGUGCAUACUGGAGAGAAGCCCUAUAAAUGCGGAGAAUGUGGCAAAGCCUUCAGUAAUGCAUCAAACUUGGCUUGUCAUCAGAGAGUGCAUACUGGAGAGAAGCCGUAUAAAUGUGGAGAAUGUGACAAAGCCUACACUACGUCAUCAGCUCUUACUAUUCAUCAGAGAGUGCAUACUGGAGAGAAGCCCUAUAAAUGCGGAGAAUGUGGCAAAGACUUUAGUACUGCAUCAAGCUUUGCUCAUCAUCAGAGAGUGCAUACUGGAGAGAAGCCCUAUAAAUGCGGAGAAUGUGGCAAAGACUUUAGUACUGCAUCAAGCUUUGCUCAUCAUCAGAGAGUGCAUACUGGAGAGAAGCCUUAUAAAUGUAGUGAAUGUGGCAAAGCCUUCAGUAUCGCAUCAGCACUUACUAUUCAUCAGAGAGUGCAUACUGGAGAGAAGCCCUAUAAAUGUGUAGAAUGUGACAAAGCCUAUACUACGGCAUCACACUUAGCUUAUCAUCAGAGAGUGCAUACUGGAGAGAAUCCCUAUAAAUGCAGAGAAUGUGGCAAAGCCUUCAGUAAUGCAUCAAAGUUUGCUUGUCAUCAGAGAGUUCAUACUGGAGAGAAGCCCUAUAAAUGCGGAGAAUGUGGCAAAGCCUUCAGUGGUACAUCAGGCUUUACUCAUCAUAAGAGAGUGCAUACUGGAGAGAAGCCUUAUAAAUGUAGUGAAUGUGGCAAAGCCUUCAGUGACUCCUCAAGCCUUAAUCGACAUCAGAAACUUCAUACCGGAGAGAAGCCUUAUAAAUGUGGAGAAUGUGACAAAGCCUACACUACGCCAUCACACUUAGCUUAUCAUCAGAGAGUGCAUACUGGAGAGAAGCCCUAUAAAUGUGGAGAAUGUGACAAAGCCUACACUACGCCAUCACACUUAGCUUAUCAUCAGAGAGUGCAUACUGGAGAGAAGCCCUAUAAAUGCGGAGAAUGUGGCAAAGCCUUCAGUAAUGCAUCAAACUUGGCUUGUCAUCAGAGAGUGCAUACUGGAGAGAAGCCGUAUAAAUGUGGAGAAUGUGGCAAAGCCUUCAGUGGUGCAUCAGCCUUUACUCUUCAUAAGAGAGUGCAUACUGGAGAGAAGCCUUAUAAAUGUAGAGAAUGUGGCAAAGCCUUCCGUGACUCCUCACACCUUAAUCGACAUCAGAAACUUCAUACCGGAGAGAAGCCUUAUAAAUGUAGAGAAUGUGGCAAAGCCUUCAACAGGUCCUCAAUCCUUACUGUACAUCAAAGGGUUCAUACUGGAGAGAAGCCUUAUGAAUGUAGAGAGUGUGGCAAAGCCUUUCCCAGAUCCUCAUCCCUUACUGAUCAUCAGAGGAUGCAUACUGGAGAGAAGCCCUAUAAAUGUGGUGAAUGUGACAAAGCCUACACUACGGCAUCACACUUAGCUUAUCAUCAGAGGAUGCAUACUGGAGAGAAGCCCUAUAAAUGUGGAGAAUGUGACAAAGCCUACACUACGGCAUCACACUUAGCUUAUCAUCAGAGAGUGCAUACUGGAGAGAAGCCCUAUAAAUGCGGAGAAUGUGGCAAAGCCUUCAGUAAUGCAUCAAACUUGGCUUGUCAUCAGAGAGUGCAUACUGGAGAGAAGCCGUAUAAAUGUGGAGAAUGUGGCAAAGCCUUCAGUGGUGCAUCAGCCUUUACUCAUCAUAAGAGAGUGCAUACUGGAGAGAAGCCUUAGAAAUGCAGAGAAUGUGGCAAAGCCUUCAAAAGGUCCUCAAUCCUUACUUAUCAUCAGAGAGUUCAUACUGGAGAGAAGCCGUUUAAAUGUUGAAAAUAUGGCAAAGCUUUCAACAGGUCCUCAUCCCUUACUGUACAUCAGAGGGUUCAUACUGGAGAGAAGCCCUAUGAAUGUAGACAGUGUGGCCUUAAUCAGUGAGCCAAAUUUUGGAGCACGAAUUAUGCUAGUGGUCUCAGAGGAGUAACCUCUCAAAUCUGAGCAAAAACAUAGAGGAACCCCACCCCUUUUAUAUCUUUCCAGCCCUUUGUCUCCCAAAUAAGGGUUUUUCUGGACCUUCUGCAGAGUAUGAAGAGCUCUAUGUAAGUUAUUUUUGCAGGCAGCUUGUAAACUUGAGCACAGUACAUUCCAGACAAGUAACAAAUACCUGGUAUGGGAGUAGUUUGAGCGGCCCACAAAGUAAGAUAAUUGAACUUAUUUUCCCAAUUUAAGCAAGCAAAUACUUACAGAAGCCAAAAUAGCAGGGUUAAAAUUUCAAAAAGAUUUUUUUUUUUUUUACAGAAUAGAGAUUAUGGUAGCAAGAUGGAGUGCCUAUGCAUCAUUAGCCUGGGUCAAGUUGCGAUUGCCCGCUGCUUACCUGGUUGCAAAACUUGUGUCCCUUAGUGUUUAGGAGAAAAAUAGCAAGGACACAAGGCAGCACAGAUUCUUGGAGACCAGGAAGCAGCUAGGGAGGAGUAGCAGUCACCUGGGUCUCCCGGUUCUGGUUUAAAGCAGUUCAUUUGCACGAGGGAAUCCUGAGGGUCACACUGCAGACGUUGAAAUACUCCCUGCUGUGCCUCCCACAGCGGUGAGUCCACAUCCAUGGGGGGUGCCCCACACCCAGCCUGCUUCCCCGCCCAGAUGGAAGGUCUGUUGGAGGAAACUCCCUGUGGUGUCUCUGCUUUCGGGCCUUCACACACCGCCUGCUGUGGAGGGCUUUUCCUGCAAGUCCUUCCAAGACAGCCCUCCCACCCCACGAGGUUUAAAGUCUCGGGAGACGACUAGAGUGGAGUCCAACCCUUUGCAUGCCUUUCCCCACAUCUCUGCUCCUUAGAGUCCCGAUGGUUCCCCAACAUGGGGAUCUGCAGACCUCCUGCCACUCACCCAUUUAAUAAGGGCCCAGAAGGGCGCAUUUCAGAUCUUGCCUCUGGUUUGUCAUCUGUUUUCUUCAAAUAGUUCAAAUUCCCCCUUUCCCCCCAAAUAUUGAGCCUAGAUUCCCAGAAAGAGCAGUCUUCAUGGGGUGGGACUUACUGGGAAAGAAUAUGGUGUCCCCAGAACAGGUCACCUGCCCGCUGGGAGGGGCUUUAUGGGAGCGGUGACUGCGAGGGGGCGGGGAAUCAGGCUGGGUGGGGUUAGGAAAGGGAAUGAGAGACACGUGGGAGGAAGACAGGGUCAGUGAGGGGGCCCCAUAGGGGAUGUGGCAGGGACUGGACAGUGACAAUACGAGUGAGUUGGUAACUCAGGAAAGUAUAAGGAGGAGGAGGAAAUUGGGGAAGAAGGGAGAAGAGGGGGAGACCCAGAGAGAUGAAGGGGAGCUAAUAAGGAGAGGGGCCCAAGUGAGCAGAAGUGGGAGCAACAAAGGAAAAGAGAGCCCUAACCGGUUUGGCUCAGUGGAGAGAAUGUUGGCCUGAGGACUGAAGGGUCCCAGGAUCGAUUCUGCUCAAGGGCGUGUACCUUAGUUGUGGGCACAUCCCCAGUGGGAGGUGUGCAAGAGGCAGCUGAUCGAUGUUUCUCUCUCAUUGAUGUUUCUAACUCUCUAUCCCUCUCCCUUCCUCUCUGUAAAAAUCAAUAAAAUAUAUUAA